CGUUACCCCCAGGCAAUCCACACGCACCAUCGCCCAAGCCAGUCAUCUCAGUCGACCCGUGGCACCUGCUGGGUCUGCCCCGUCACCUCCUGCCAGCGGGCGUUCGCCACUUCACGUGGCCUCAAGAUUUGUUAAAAUGGGAGCCAUCAGCUGGAUGGCAAAAAUUGCUUCGGCCUGCGGAGCCAUCAUGCAGGUGGGUUCUUUGCUGGGCAAGAUCCUGGGGCUGGUUCGUGACUUCACUGUGGGGCUCACCGUGGCCAGGCUCCUCAAGCUCAUCACCACGCUCUGCAGCCUGAUCAUCAUGGCGGUGGGUGGCUCCUUGCUGGCUCUGGGCCUGUGGAAGGGCCACGCCAUGCUGGCUCGCUCGCUCUUCCCCUCGCUUUCCGCUGUCUCGACCACGGCGCUGCCCACCGCCUGCGUGGCCGUAGGUGCUGCGGCUCUGCUGCUGGGCGCACUGGGGCUGCUCGGCGUCUACCGGGAGGGCAAGUGGCUGCUGGCCGUGUACUGUGUGCUCGUCCCUAUGACCGGGCUCAUCGCGUACAGCAUGGGAGGAAUGCUCGCUCUCCAGAUCUCAGACAAGGUGGAGCAGGUGGCUAGAGCGGAGGGAGUACACGUUCUGCAGACCGAAUAUGGAGUGGACUCCAAAGUCACUGAGGAGUGGAACUCAGCCAUGAGCAUCCUCUCCUGUUGUGGUAUGAACAAUGCAAGCGACUUCUUGGGCGGUCCACCCCAAGCCUGCUGCUCUGAUGGUGAAGCUGCCCCAUCCUGCUCCGUCUACCCACAGGGCUGUAUGGAUGCUCUCAUCGUGCUGGUUGAAUCUCACCGCUCCCUCGUGCUGGGACUCCUCAUUGCGGUGCUCGUCGCCCUGCCUCUGUCGGCCCUCACCUCUGGCCUCCUGGCCCGCCACCUCCACGUGCGGGAUAAGAAGAUCCGCGCCCUGGACGGAGACGGCUUCCCAGCUCCACGCACGGCUCCCAUCUAGAGAGAGAGACAGGGGCCAUGUGACUCCCUUUGCACUCUCUACACUCUCUACACUCUCCUGACACUCUCCCCACACUCCUCAUUCUCCCCACACCAGAGGUCGCAAAAGGGUUUUGAUUCCUUACCCGUACCCGUACCCGGCCGCACCAGGGUCGCAAAUGGGUACCCGUACCCGUACCCGGCCGGGUACCCGUACCCUACCCGAAAUGAGUGACAAACGGGUACUCACCAGUGACUCACGGACUACCCGUACCCGUACCCGGCCGCACCAGGGUCGCAAACGGGUACCCGUACCUGGCCGGGUACGGGUAGCCGGGUAUUGGGUAGGGUACGGGUAUCGGGUACCCGGUUGCGACCUCUGCCCCACACUCUCCCUUGCUCCAUUUUCUCCCUCUCCCGACGCCAGCUUAUCUACAGUGCACUUACCAACCACUAGAGGCCGCUGAUACACCCCCGGUGUCUAUCACCCACCGACCACUAGAGGCCGCUGAUACACACUCGGUUUCUUUGACCCACCAACCACUCGAAGCCGCGAUAACGCUGCAGUGCACUGUGGGCUCAAGCUCGUUAGCACGAGAAGAGGUUUCUUAUUUUUAACCGCUUUUGUGAUUUGGUUGCAUUUUAAAUCGGGUUUAUUUUUUGGUUUGCUUAAAAAAAUGUAAUUUACCGUAUAAUCAUGUGACUAUCUGGUGACUUUCCUGGUGACCUCGGGGGUGGAGCUGGGCCAAAGGGGAACGCAGAAGCAGAAUCUGUAUUUAUACUGCAAAAGGAAUCCGAUGAGCUAUACAGCUCUUUGUAACGUUCAGAAGGGGCACGAGGUAAAUUGUUGAUUCACUCUUCAACACACCGGUGGGCUAAAGUAGUGAAUUAUUUGUCUUUUGUAAACGUGACACAUUUUUACUGUUUGGCCGUGUCGGGUGGUGGAGGGUUGGUUACGACACAUUUAUAAAUUACGCGAUCUAACCCAAAAACUUUUAUUAUGAUUAAUAUUGGUCGCGAAAGCCUACAUGUUAAACUGAGGUAAGAACGUUACAACAACAAACAGUACAAAAACAUGAUAGUCGUGAAAGUCCCUGGAAAGUCCUUGGAAAGUCCCUUUUUAAGUAAUAGUUGUUUUCUUCUCUGGGGCUGUGUAAAUCUUAAUGCAAUAUCGAGGCCUUCACGGGAACCACAGCAGGGCAGCCUUCUUCAACCAUGGAUCGAGAUCUGUUGCCAAAGCUUUGUGGUUAAGGGCCGCCACCACCACCCGGCGCAGGAUGAGAGAGACAGGAAGACGCACAGGGAGAGACAGAGCGAGAAAUACAAGACAGAGAUACAAAUAAAGAGAGGCACAUUGGGAGAGAUAGAGCGAGAGAUGGAGACACACAGGGAAAGAGUGACAGAGAGAGAGAGAGAGAUACAGAGAGACAGAAAGUAAGACAGAUAUACAGACAGAGAGAGAGUGUGACAGAGGAAAGAUUUAUUUUUAAAUCCGGAAGUGGUGGUUGAAUUGAGGAUAUGAAUCAUCGGCUCAGCAGUAAAUCCUCGGCAAACAAAAAUGUUUGAAAUAUAUUGUUUUUUCUGUCAAGAUGUCUCGUUGAACUCUCCCAAAGUUUGCCAGACGUCUGCCCCGUGCAUGUGGUCUGUCUGCCUGUGUCUAUAACCCAAAACAAACUUUUAAAAAAUAUGAUUGAU